CCUGGUCUCGCUGAGCGGGACUCGUGAGGACGAGAGUGUGACCCAAUCAUGGUCAUCAAGGACGCCGGAAGUGCGCAAGAAAAUGUGAAGAAAUCCAUCAGUGACUUGGAACUGGUGAUCGUGCCCGAAGACGGCGAGGAGAGCCAAACGAGUCGUACUUGGAGGCACAGCGAUGAAGCCAUCUUUGCUCCCUACGACGAGCGCAACUGGUCUCUUUUUCAACUGAGGGACAUUUUUCAUAACAAAGCCGGGUUGGAGACCUUGUACGAAAAGUAUCAGAUCCGGCUUCAGCAUUCCUAUUUUAUCGUCUAUCUCCUCACCCAGGCCUUUCUCAGUGCGCUCACGAUCACGAUCGAAUGCAUCGGACUCCCCGCGAAGGAGGUGAUGGAGAACGUGAUCACCCACGGACUCGUGAUGACUGCCUGUCUUUCCCUGCUCGUAGUCAUCUACGACGAAAAGCUUUUCCUCGGAACUCUUUCGUCUGGAUCCGUAAACGACGACCGCGACUCGUCGCGUUCUUCCUGGGUGCCUAAAGCCAGCGCUGCUUUAGUCUUCGUCCCCCUCCUCGCCAUGCAAAUUGUGAUGGCCGUGAAACACGCGAACGGCAGAGAGUUUAUGACUCACUGGAAUUGGAGUUUCUACAUAGUUCUGGUGUGCUACAUAUUUUUCCCUCUGAAGACGUCUGUGAUAGUCGAUGUCCUCAUGAUGGUGGGAGCGAAUGCCCUGGGUUUAUAUUUCUGCUUCAUGACCGAGAUCGUAUUUCGACAAUCCUUCCUGGACAAGAGGGCCUCCAUCGAAGCCAAAUGCAAGAGGGAAUACGAGGAGGAGACAGAAGAGCAUCUGUUCUCGAGCAUCAUACCGAAGACGAUGGUGAAGGAACUGCGGGAGAGUCUGAGAGAGGCAGUGCAGGCCAAGGACAAGGACAAGGAAAAGGGCCGGGACGUCCUCCCCAGCAUUCCCCGGAAGCCCUUCGCGAACCUAUUCGCGCGGUUCCAUCAGAACGUGAGCAUCCUCUACGCGGAUAUAGUGAAUUUCACCCCCCUCACAGUCUCGAUGAACGAAGAAGAUCUCGUUAGACUUCUCAACGAUCUCUUCGGGAAAUUCGAUGAGGCCGUGAAGGAGCACAAUUGUCUUCGGAUCAAGCUCCUUGGAGAUUGCUACUAUUGCGUGUCGGGGAUCCCCGAAAGCACGGAGAAGCACGCAUGGAACUGCGUGAAUGUUGGCUUGAAGAUGAUAGCCAUCAUCAGAGAAGUCCGGGAGCAGUGGGGAGUAAAGAACCUUGAUAUGAGGAUUGGAAUCCAUAGUGGGAGCGUUUACAGCUGCAUCCUCGGCAUCUCUAAGUGGCAAUUCGAUAUCUGGUCCACAGAUGCUAAAAUUGCCAACCAUAUGGAACAGGCUGGACAACCAGGGUGUGUCCACAUCAGUAAAGCCACUCACAAGGCUUUAGGAAAGGACCAUGGGUUCUACUUCGAAACAGGGAGAAAAGACAGUUACUUGGAGGAGAAGGGAGUCACGACGUUCUUUAUUCCUCUGUCUCAGAACAAAUUCAUUCCAAGAGAAGAAAGAACUUCCAUCCAAAGUGGAACGAUGAACCGUCUGCUUUCCCUGCCGAACUCGCAGUGGCUGAAGCCGGAGGAGAUUCAGCCUUUCUUCAUAGCGUUCCGGGACCUGAAGCUGGAGUGCAAUUUCAUCAAACAGCCGGAUAUGCUCAUCAAGUACCCCAUCAUGGCUGCCUCCAUUCUCAUCAUCAUUCUCGGCAUUAUCGAACUCCUCUCCGAAGCUGAGAUUGAAGACAUCAUAACAUGGGUAGCGACCAUCCUAGUCAUGCUAACCAUGACUUUCUGGGCUUGGAUCGGCUCCAUCCAUGCAAAAUGGUUGAAAUGGAAGAAAGCCGAGGAACACGAAGAGUCACCGAUGUGGAAGAAGAUCAAGAAGGUACCCCAACGUCUCAUCGUGUCUGCAUGGAUUAGAAUCCUGCUGUUCGUCGUUUCUGCGUUGGGGGCCAUAUUAGCUGCCACCAUCUCCAUCAUCGUUCGAUGCGAAAGGACGAGUGUCGAGAAAUGUUCUUCCCUAAGGGUUCGCAACCGAUUUUGUCUCCAUCCGUCCUUCCUUGUCAACAUUCCAUUCACGUUCCAUUUCCGUUUCCAGUACCUAACUCAGGAGUUCGCGCUGGUGCUGAGCACGAUCUUCGUCUUUUACCGCAUUCAUUUCCUAUUGAAGCUGGGAGCCAUGGUGGUAACAUUGAGCGCUUACGGGAUCCUAGUACAGAAAUUUUUCUCCGAGGUUUCGCCUGGGUGGGACAUGAAUCCAGUUCCCCAGGGGAAAUCACCUCUUUUUCCUCAUAUCCACUAUCUUCUAGUCAUCCUCCUUAUCCUCCACGUCAUUGACCGUCAAAGCGAAUACCUAUUCAAACUGGACUAUAAAUGGAAGAGGAGCCUUCAAGAGGAGCAAGAAGAAGCAAACUUGACUCGGAAAGUGAAUCGAUCCCUCAUUUUCAACAUCUUACCAGCUCAUUUGGCGGAUAGAUACCUGAACCCGCGGUAUGGGAACGAACUGUACCACGAGAGGUAUCGGUCGGCUGCAGUCAUGUUCGCCACGAUCCUGGAUUUCUCGUCGGAAGGAGACACGGACUUUCCGGCGAGACAAGGGGAACCGUGGGCUGAAGAUGUGCCACAAGAUGACGUGAAGAAUGCACUCACUCUCCUCAACGACAUCAUCAGCGAGUUCGACCGGCUCCUGUUUUCUUACAAGAGGGUGCAGAAGAUCAAGUUGAUUGGGACGACUUACAUGGCUGCCGUGGGCUUGGAACCUGGGGAAAACGGAUCAUGGGAUGAUGACGACGAUGUCACGGAUCUCGCGGCAGCUCAUAAUAGCUCCACCAUGGUUGCCUUCGCCAUCGGCCUCAUCGACCUCCUCACGAAAUGCAAUCGAGGCAGCAACCAAGAAUUCAGCCUCAGAAUAGGGAUCGCGUGUGGUCCUCUGAUAGCGGGUGUGGUGGGUGCGGAGAAGCCCCUGUAUGACAUCUGGGGGGAUACAGUAAACAUGGCUUCCAGACUGGAAUCUACUGGAAAACGAUGGGAGGUCCACAUCUCGGAAGAAGUGAACAGUUUCCUUCGGCGCUUAAACGUCCACUCCCUCUACCGGGGUUUGACCGAGAUCAAGGGGAAGACCCAGCUCAUCCCCACGUAUUUCGUGGACAUUAAGAGGUUCAGAAAUAAGGGACAGCACGUGAUCGGUCUCACCAAUCCAGAUGUUCCAGAUUCAUUCCACCAUCAAGGCCCGAAGCGUAACUCGGAAUCGAGAACGAGCGAUUGGGGAACGAUUUACAAGAAAAGCUUGGAUUCGAGAAACCUCUGCCUGCGUGGUUCGCGUGCCAGCAUGGGAGAGCAUCUUCAGUGGAGGAUAGAUUCGCCGCUGGAGGACCUUUACGAGACCCUCGUUCUAGAUUACGAUAUCUUGCCACACGAACCCCCUUCGAACUCGGAAUGA